AGUACAAUGCACUUUGAUUGAUUAACUCUCAGUUGUGCAUCAUUGCGUUCAUGCCACCAGCUGUCAAUGAACUGUUACAAUCUCGUGGUUUUCGGUCGGCUGAUCAUGGUAGAUGCUUCAGAUCACAGUGACAUGGUUGACUUGCAUAGAGUAUCGAUCCCAAACUUUAAUUUUUUUUGUCAAUCUCACGUAGUGCUGUGGUUAACUGUAUGUCAACCCAUUAAAUCUUUUGGAUGAUAAUGCUUGAUGUGAACAGCCUGAAAUCAGGGACCUCAUGUGCUCCAUGAUGCCAUCUGUCUGAUGAAAGAUGUGCCUUGUCAUGCAGGCAGUGUAGUCUGGGUUCGUAUAUUUUUCGAAAGCAAACCCACAAUAGGUGCCCUCGGAGUUGAAGGACUCUGAUAGUAAGCAAUGUGCCACGAACUCGGUAUAUUGCAUCAGUUUUCCUGUAGAUUAUAUUUUUCAGGUCCUAAAUUUGUACCAUCUUCAUUUGAGUGCAUGUACCACAUCACAUGGUUGACAUUUAGCCUUGUAGUUCUUAUGUUUACCAGAAGCAACAGCUGAAUUGCGUUUCUCUUGAGUUGACCUUAUUGCUUCUGUUCUUUUGAUGUUUACGCAGGAGCAGCGGCUCGUGCAUGGACAGCUAACACCUGUACGCUUCUGAAUAUGAGCCAGUAAAAUACCCCGGAAAGAAAUAAAAGUUGUGCAGCUCCCAAGAUCAAUGAGCAGUACCAAUCCCCCUUCCGCGACCAGCCAUGUUGCCCUCACACGCCAUCCGCUGGAGCAUGGAUGCGGGCUCUCUGAAUGGCGGUCCAGAUGCAGAGGAACUGACUCCACGAGUUUAAAAAACGGGCUUCUUCAGAUGAGGGUGCUGAUCAUCAUCAUCAUCAUCUGCCCUGGCCCUGGGGUCACAGAGCUCGGCUCAAUUGCGGCAUGUGCAACAUGUACUAGUAUAAUCUGGGGACCCGGGAAUCGAAUUACAAAACUCGGGGGUUAUUGAUUGAUUUGGAUAGUAUUCUGUUCUGCUUCGCGUAGGCCAGCGCUGCGCCACCGGCUCUCGAGAUUUGGCAUCGGCUCCAUCCAUCCCCUUGUGCUGCCUCUGCCCGAUGUCGACGACGGUGCAGGAGCCGCCGCACGUCCUGGCGGUGGAUGACAGCCUCGUCGACCGUGUCGUCAUCUCCAGGCUCCUCCGCAGCUCCAAGUACAGAGUGACGACGGUGGACAGCGGGAAGAAGGCGCUGGAGGUGCUGAGCCUGGGCCACGAGAGCGUGCAGCUGAUCAUCACGGACUACUGCAUGCCGGAGAUGACCGGCUACGACCUGCUCAAGCGGGUCAAGGAGUCGGCGGAGCUGCGCGGCAUCCCGGUGGUGAUCAUGUCGUCGGAGAACUCCCCCGCCAGGAUCCGCAGGUGCCUCGACGAGGGCGCGGAGGAGUUCCUCAUCAAGCCGGUGCGCCCCUCCGACGUCUCCCGCCUCUGCAACCGGGCCAUCGCCGCCAUGCCCAUGCGGUAGCAACGGCCGGUCGGUGCCGUGCUGCUGAUCGGUGCUAGUCUGCUAGCUUGCUAAUCCAAUCCUCCCUCCCUCCUCUGCUGAGUUCUCACUGACGAGAUAUCCCCAUGUACAUGCGUCUGCUGCAGGGUUGCAUCCCAUGGUGAAAUCAAAACUGAAUGAAUUCCAUGACAACCCACGGAAAUGUAUGUAUUCCUUACUUGCCAAUGUAUGAAAUCCACCACUAACUGUGAAACAGUAAAGCGGCAGGCCACCAAUCAAUUCAAAGAAUCUGAUUGAGCAA